UCACAAAUUCUCUCAUAUUUUUCGGGCAGUCACCUUAGUUCUCUUCUCGGGCGACCUGUUUACUGAAUAUUCUAAUUUUCUGUUGGUAGUUUAGCAUCGUUAAUAAUAGAAAUGGCAGGCCAAUCUAUUUCCGAUCGUUUUAAUGCUGCUCAACAUACCAUUAUUGGUUCGGAAAUGUCAAAAAGUGUUUGUAAAGCUACAACUACAGAAGUUAUGGGCCCUAAGAAAAAGCAUUUGGAUUACUUAAGAUCUUUAACGAAUGAACCCAACAUUAACAUACCGGAGUUAGCUGAUAUGCUGGUCGAAAGAAGCAAACAACCAAAGUGGGUCGUAGUUUUUAAGUCACUAAUAACAACACAUCAUUUAAUGUGUUAUGGGAAUGAGAAAUUUCUACAGCAUCUUGCUUCAAGGAAUUCCCUGUUUAAUCUUACACAUUUUCUUGAUAAUUCGGGCGUUCAAGGCUAUGAUAUGUCUACCUAUAUAAGAAGAUAUAGCAAGUAUUUAAAUGAGAAAGCUUUUUCUUACCGUACGGUAGCAUACGACUUCACAAGGGCAAAGCGGGGCAAAGAAAGUGGUGUAAUGCGAUCUCUUACCUCUGAAAACCUCAUUAAACAACUGCCCACUAUUCAAAGGCAGUUAGAUGCCUUGUUGGAGUUUGAUGCAAAAUGA